AGCUGCUUCAGCCGCUGCCGCGCCUGGGUCCCGUCCGUCUGGGCCGGUCCGACCCGGUCUGGCCCGCCCGGGCUCAGCGGCCGCGGGGCCGCGGCUCCCAGUGGAAAUUAUGUGACAGAAUAUUUGAGUGACAUCUUCCUGAAAGAUCUUCGAGAAUUACAGAAGACAAAAAUACUAAUGCAUUUGAGAAAGUGAAGUUCGGGGGGAGGGGAAAAAAAACUGCUUUCCUGCUCUGCAACUUGGCUGGUUCUGGUUGCUAAGAUGUCUGUGGACAUGAAUAGCCAGGGGUCUGACAGCAAUGAAGAGGACUAUGACCCAAAUUGUGAGGAGGAGGAAGAGGACGAGGACCCAGGGGACAUAGAGGACUAUUAUGUGGGAGUGGCUAGCGAUGUGGAGCAGCAGGGAGCCGAUGCCUUUGAUCCCGAGGAGUACCAGUUCACCUGCUUGACCUACAAGGAGUCCGAGGGUGCCCUCAACGAGCACAUGACCAACUUAGCCUCUGUCCUAAAGGCCGUUGAUGCUCACUGCCAUCAGCUGCAUCCUCCCUAUGGCACUGGUAUCUCAUUCAGUUGCUAAACUUAUAUUAGUUAAUUUCCACUGGCAAGUUGCAGAGAUAUUGGACAGGUACAAGUCUAAUUCUGCUCAGUUGCUCGUUGAGGCUCGAGUUCAGCCCAAUCCAUCGAAACAUGUCCCCACGGCCCAUCCCCCUCAUCACUGCGCAGUGUGUAUGCAGUUUGUGCGGAAGGAAAACCUACUCUCUCUGGCCUGUCAGCACCAGUUUUGCCGCAGCUGCUGGGAGCAGCAUUGCUCAGUACUUGUCAAGGACGGCGUGGGUGUGGGAGUCUCUUGCAUGGCUCAGGACUGCCCACUCCGAACACCAGAGGAUUUCGUGUUUCCAUUGCUGCCCAACGAAGAAUUGAGAGAUAAAUACAGGCGCUACCUCUUCAGGGACUAUGUGGAAAGUCAUUACCAGCUCCAGCUCUGCCCUGGUGCAGACUGCCCCAUGGUUAUCCGGGUACAGGAGCCCAGAGCUCGCAGAGUACAGUGCAAUCGGUGCAACGAGGUCUUCUGUUUCAAGUGUCGUCAGAUGUAUCACGCCCCCACAGACUGCGCCACAAUCCGGAAAUGGCUCACGAAAUGUGCGGAUGACUCUGAAACAGCCAACUACAUUAGUGCUCACACUAAAGACUGUCCCAAGUGCAACAUCUGCAUUGAGAAGAACGGAGGCUGCAAUCACAUGCAAUGCUCCAAGUGUAAACACGACUUCUGCUGGAUGUGUCUAGGAGAUUGGAAGACCCAUGGCAGCGAGUACUAUGAGUGCAGUCGGUACAAGGAGAACCCCGACAUUGUCAACCAGAGCCAGCAAGCCCAGGCCAGAGAGGCCCUCAAGAAGUACUUGUUCUACUUUGAGAGGUGGGAAAACCACAAUAAGAGCUUACAGCUGGAGGCACAGACAUACCAGCGGAUUCAUGAAAAGAUUCAGGAGAGGGUCAUGAAUAAUCUGGGGACGUGGAUCGACUGGCAGUACCUACAGAAUGCUGCCAAGCUCUUGGCCAAGUGUCGAUACACCCUGCAAUACACAUACCCGUAUGCAUACUACAUGGAAUCUGGACCCAGGAAGAAGCUGUUUGAAUACCAGCAGGCUCAGCUGGAGGCUGAGAUCGAAAACCUGUCAUGGAAAGUGGAGCGUGCAGACAGCUAUGACAGAGGGGAUUUAGAGAACCAGAUGCACAUAGCAGAGCAGCGGAGGAGAACCCUGCUGAAGGAUUUCCAUGACACGUAGGUUGGGACACGGAUGUGCCGGAGUGAGGAAGAUGUGGCUGCGAGGUCUCCUGGCUGCCAUAACUGCAUGCUGCAGGCUCUUCCUUUCACGACCCCAGGCAACAGCCAGGGCACCACUCCUGAGAGACACUGGCCACACACUUCUUAGUCGAUUUCUGUUUUCUUCUCAUCUUUUUGCUUUUUAUUUCUAUCAGGGUAGAGGCCAUGUUGAAUUGGCCACUUUUCAGGACUUUUAAUUCCCCCGGAUGGUUGUUGGGAGGGAGGGAAAGUUUUUUCUGAAUGACUAUUAAUAGUAUUAGAGCAUUACAACUUACGUAAUUUUCAAAAGUUGUACAAUUAUACAAAAAAGGGCAAACCAUAGAAUUACACAGAACCCUUUUUAAAAAUAAAUUGGCAUUGGAGUGUUUUACCUUCUAGCUAUUUUACUUAGAAUGUAAUAUAUACUGCCUGCCCAUCCUGGCUCAGAAUUGUCUACUGCAGGAGGGCCCCACAGUGGUCUCUGCUUUCCAGAUUCAUAUGUGUUUGGUCACAGCUAGAAGUCCCAGUGGAAGAGCAUGGUUGGCAGGUGGGGAAUUGAGUUGGCCUGUGUAACAGGCAUGGAGCACAGGGAAUCACAUCAUGCCUUCUGACUGGUCCUUGUAGACCCUUUUGUGGUCAGGUGUACCUGCCUUACCUUGGUAGUGAGGAGACAAUACAGAAUAGGGUCUUGCUAUAGGGUGUUCUCAUCUCUGACAGUGCUGCAUAUCUGUGGGCUCAUCUUUAUUCUUGAAAAUGAGGUCUACCUGAGUCUGGCUACUGAGGCCACAGCCCACAGCCAAGCAUAGAUGGCCUUGUGGCCCUCUAGACCAGGGGACACGAGUUCAGCACGGUGUUUCCUUUUGUCUCCUAAAGAUAGAAAUGCACUUUUAAAGGGAAUCAUUCCCCAAAAUAAAUUUGUUUCACCUUGGUCCCUUCUUUUGUGCCAGUGUUCUAGUGGUGUACCUCUGACCAGGUUCACAUGUGGCCAUACCUGGCACUGUCCUGCUACACUCUCUUCUGGUAAACUUCAGGGUGAGAGUUCAGCAUGGCCCUCCCAAGGGCACUGGUCUCCCUGGCUCAGGGGCCUUGUUUGCACAAGUUAUUUUCCUGUAUUCCUGUGUUACCUGGAGUGUGUCCGGCAGCUGCUCUAGAGGUUGGGUGCUCUCCCCCUUGCCUGGUUCCAGCUGUUGAAGGACACCAUCUUUAGGGUCUGGGAGUCUGAGGCCAGGAGGGUCCAGGGAAGAGGGCCAGCUUUUGCAUAGUUGAGUGCAAAGGAGCAAGUGGUUUGCAUGAUAUCCUACUUGACCUGAACCUGGUCCAGUGGUCCUCUGAAAAGUUACAUCUGUGAUUCUUGGAGUUUCUUUGGCUUUGUUCAGUGCCUCUACUCUGAGGCUAGCAGAGCCUGUCUAUACUUGACAGGGCCUCCUUGACCUCCUGGAAGAGUUGCUUGGGAGAUCUGUGAAUGUUGUGUUGGAAAUUCUUUGAUAUCCAAACAUUUUCACCUCAGCCAUUUCCCAGGUGCCAUGUAAACUGUAAACUGAAUCACUCUUGAAGACAGAGAACAGCUGUGAAUCUGGGGUCAUGGGUAUAUGGUUGGCUACAGGCUCCCUUUCUACCCCCCUCAGGUUUUGUCUCUUCCUGUCAUCUCCUGUAAGGGAGGAACUGUGGGGUGAGGUGAGAGAAUAAGUUAGGAAUGUAGCAAAUGAACCCAGAAUUGGACAGUGGGGAGCUAACUGAACGAGGAGAGUACCUGCUGCAGGACCUAGGGGUGGGAUGUGAAUGCUGUGCUGGCACAUGGAAGAUCCUGGUGUCUGGAUCCUUUAUCUCUCCACUGAAUCUUUUCUGUGUCACCGCCAUGGCGCGGACCCGAGUUGCAGCUGUGUACCGUAAGUCACACCCUGAGUAUCCCUGGGCAUUUUUUGGACUGCACAGCCACCAUGUAGUGCACUUGAAUCCAGCUGUGGCUCCAGCCACUGAAGCUGUGGGAAGUUCUGUGCCUAGACUACAGCAUGCAGCCCUUGACCUGUGGAGAGCUUCCUUUUGUGCCCCCAGUGGCUGUCUUUCAUUAACAUCAUCAGGAAGAUGGGAAAGGUCAGGCAGAAUUUUUCUGCCCUACAAAUAGAAGAUAAAGGAAGGCACAGUGUUUUCAUGAAUUUGCCAUAUCUUUGUUUUCUUUGAGAAAAAGUUGAGGCAAUGUCAUCUGCUCAAAGUUGAGUUGGUUUAUUCAAAAUAAACUGAAAUUUUCUGAUUA